AUGGAGUCCUUUUCGGCUGCCGAAGCCUCCAGGGUCGACAAGGCGAAGCGGUCGAAGUGGACCGCGCUCGCCAUGGAAGUGGCCAACUCCCGCGGGCUCUGCUUGCUCGCGGAGGCGGCCCAAAGGUUCAGCGGAGAGGCUGCGGCGAUGAAAAGAGCGGAGAGGGGCCUGGAGAAAUUCCUCGAUCGCGAGCACAGACGACCCUCGGUGGCGGCUGCGGCGGCCAGCGUCGCCAAGCGGUCGGCGAGCACGGUGGACGACGUUUCCCUCUUGGCGCGAGCCCCGGAAGCCGUCGGCGUGAGCGUCCCCGCCGGCAGCGAGAACAGCGACCAGAUUACGGCACUCCAACUCGGCGUUCUGGGCAACCAAGGGCUGGUCGCGAGGGGAGGGCUUGGGAUGGGAGCCGCGUUCUCCACGAGCGCGGUGGCAAUAGGCUCCGUCUCGGCGAAGGCCCCGGCGACGGUGGCGGGGGACGCGGCGGGUGCGCUGGCCGCUGUGGCGGCCGCCCGAACGGCGGCCAAGGCGGCGAACGCCGGGUGGGCAGAGGCUGGAUCGCUCGCCAAGAAGCAGCUGACGUAUGCGACGAAGGCGGCGACGGAUUCCGCACGGCAGCGCGCGUUGUCUCAUGCUCACGCGGGGGCAGUUGACCUUAUGACAGGGAGGCCGGUACAAGCGGCGGAGCGCUUCGAACUCCAGCUUAAAGAAGCUCAAAACGCUGGUGACCCUAUUUUGGAGGCCCUCGCAGAGCGCAAUUUGGCCGACACAAGAGAGGUGGAUGAGGACCUGCCUGGGGCACUGGCCCACCUCCGGCGCUGCCGCGCCCUGGCCCAAAGGAGCCGCAACUCCGCGCUCGAGGCCGACGCCUGCCGGCGGCUAUCUUCUGUAUACGCGGAGAUUGCCGGCCAAAGCGGCGGCGGUGGCGGUGGUAUUGAUGGGGGUGGAAGAGGGGGCGGAUCGCCGGAGAGAGAGAAGGGUGGUGAUCAUGGCGACGGUGGUGCUGACGGUGGCGGCGGCACACAAGAGCGCAACCGUUCUGAUAGUGGUUCUCCAGAGCCUGAGAUCGAAAUCGAGGAGCGCGAAGACAGCGAUGUCGAAUUCUUGAAGUCCACGGCGGCCGACAGAGCCCGCCUGUUUGCCGAGCGUUACGAAACGGCCGUUUUCGGGUUGGAGUGGCCGGUCAGCAGCGGGAACGGCGGCGAGUUGAUCGGCGAAGCGCUCGACGACGACGACGGAGGAGGAGACGAGGAAGCGGGAGACAGAAGAAGAAACAGCAGCGAUAGCGGCGGGGACCGCAUCGCGGAGGAGGCUGCGGCGGCCGUGCCGGCUGCUCCUGUCGCCUGACCCGAAUCUAUAAUAGAGUAAGAGAAGAAGAAGACGAUGCUUCGUCACUUCAAGAGAAAGUUGGUCUCGGACACCACGGCUCGAGGCCGAGUACCGGUGGAGCUACGCCGAGAAGGUCGACCAGGCCGCUCCCCUGCCGCACAGGAGCAACGGCUGGCGCUUCCUGCUGGACCUGCGGGAGGGAGAGACCUACAGGCGCCAGGCGGUCUUCGGGACCGGGUUCCGGCUUCGCCUGCCGUUCCCCCAUCUCUCCCCGGGGCCAGGACACCGACGGUUCAUCUCGCACCCUCUCGGCGGGGAUCCCGACCUGCAGGACUUUCAGACUUGGGGGCGAGGGGCACGUUGCGCAAGGGCAUGCGUGGUACACCCGCACGACGCCGACGCCUGGCGGGCGGCCUUCGUCGACGUCGAGGGCGGCCGCGGCCACGGACAGCUGGUCGUCUCGGCCGCAGACGACACCUGGUCUUUUAGUGUACCAAGUAUGUAGAUGUACUUUUUGUCGAGCUUGUUGACAAUGCACCUGCCGGAUACAUACGUCUCUUCUUUGCCGUGGCAUGUUUGGAUUAUUAAUCAACGCUUGCUUGUACAACUGUAAGUCUACACCGUACAAGUAAACCCUGGGGUGUGUAAGUUGGCAAUCCGACGAGUGUCGUCGUCUUUGCCAGUCCCAGGCUCUCGAUUGUUUUGUCACAAUGUUACUCCAUGUGUAGGGCAGAUUACUUUCGGGGCGAAGGUCAGCAGAGACAGACGUCGAACCAAGCUAAGGCGAUACUUUCAGCAGUCGGCGCCCGUUUCAGGAAAACUCGGCUAGAAGAAUUACUUUUGUGUGACCUCUUUUAUCAUUGGGAGAAUGCGAUCGAUCAUGCUCCUCCGCCUUCAAAAAAGCAUCAACCGUAUGCAGCAAACGAAAUGAAACUUUCUUAUGAUGUGUACCACUGAAUUUCACACUUCACCAGUGGCAAAGAAGAGAGAAACACAGAGACACUUAAAAAAUACGUCAAUGGGAUGCUGGGGUGGGCAAAAGACACAAUGCUCGCGUUUGGCACCUUGUCGCUUCGAUUGAGAACCCCUUCGACAAGUCGAAGCUGGGUCGCGCGAAGACACCGCCGCGAUUUUGUGCGCGUAGCUUUCGCGAGCUGAGAGAAAUCGAGCAGCAAAAAAAAAACGCUGCCAGAUUUCACAUUUCUUUCGCAGCAGAAACCAAUCCUAGUCGGAUUGGAACCAAUCCUAGUCGGAUUGGAACCAAUCCUAGUCGGAUUGGAACUACCAAAACACGAACAUAACCAAUAGGAGUGACCGUCAUUAAUGACAUUUUCCUGCUGCAACAAAAUACAUGAGGAUAGAAUACACAGGCAGGCAAGUUUAAUCGCUUUCUUCCUUGCGCCUCCCUGGAACACUAGCCACAAAAACGCAGCGCGCUCCGCCCGCAUGUAUGUGCGCCUGGCACGACUAUCAUAUGCCAGAGCGUUCGACUACCUUACGAAAGAGGGACAACAAAAGGGUACAAACUCGGCCAGGACAUGGAAAAUGGGCGAUACUGAUCGGCUACCAGAUCGAACACAGCAGCGCGGCGGCACACGUUACCAACUCCUACACCGGGAAAGACGAACGGACCCAAUGGGACGUGAAAAGGCCCCGCCCAAAUAAUUCAUUACAAAACAUACCGACGUCUCCAGCCAUCGCUUUCUAACCCUAACCAACAGUCAAUCAACUCAAUAAAAAUCACAGUUUACUUUUUGUUGUGUCUCGUUUUCGCUCGUUUACACGCAAGGUCAGCAGCCAAAGUUAUUUCAGCCCAACGACAGCGUGUCGGCCAGCGAGCGGACAGACCAAUCACCUAUCACUCGAACACCGGGUCUCCUGCUCUGUACCUCUUUCGCUCCUUGUCGCCGCUGCUGCUGGUGCGCACUAACCAGCAGCACGGCAUCGAGAAUUCAACGUAUAUGUAAACCUGCGUUUGAAGUGUGCCACGGCAGCACAGGUUGGACUGUACAAAGCAUGCGAGCA